AUGCCUCCCAAGCCGCCGUCGACGGCAUCACCAAAUACUCGGGGGCCGUCACCGGGGUCGUCCCGACCACUGCAGACCCGCAAACGGACACGGAACCCGAAGCCGAAGUCCCUGGCCAAGCCCAAACAGUCGCGGUCCCAGCCGCCUACUAAUGCGCCCAAACCUCCAGAACACGCCUUACUCGAGGUAUUUAAACAACUAAAGCAGUUACGGCUAGAUGCUUUAAUCGCUGACACUGAGGGGAAGGCCAAGGAGUUCAACCAGGGGCUCCAACCGACGCUUGAGCCCCUUCGCCACACCACCCACUCACGGAUACUCCAGGAGGCUAACCUGAUACAGUUCGGAGCUCAACAGUACUUGCGCAACGCCAUCGACGCCAUCACUCUCGGCAUCUACUUGGACCUCGAGAGUGAGAUGGAGUCUUUAAACGAUAAAUACCCUCAUCAGCACCAGCCCCAUCCUGAGUGGUUGCGAGAGUCGUGGCUGCUACUCGAACGACUCUAUCGUUAUCUCGACUACUUCCAGUCUCCCUGGCAGGCGCUCGGGCUCCUCAAACGGUUUUUCCCGCAGGAGGACGUGCUUGAGGCCACCUACGAAAAUCGGUUGACCCCGCUUCGCGACGCCGUAGGCUUAUUGAUCAAGCAGCACCGGCGUGACGAGAGUACGGGGGCGCUUGUCCGGGGCAUCAUUGUGGCCCUUUUGGAUCUCCUUCCUGACUGGUUCGGUGGGGACGGCCACACGGCGUUGACAUUGAAGCACCAGGCGUUGGCCAACGUCGCUUACUUCACCCCUCCGCCUUCACCCAAGUCAGCUACCACCACUAAGCUGACCCAGAAUACCACCAUUGCCCAGGAAUGGGAAUACUACCGCAACCUCACGCUGAAGGCUGCCACCGGCAACAAUGCGAAACAAGCGACGCCACCAGUCACCGCCGUGGAGACUACUCACAGCUUAGAAGAUGACGCCUCCAGUGAUGAAGCCUCUGAUGAUGAAACCACCUCCCUUGAGGAUCACAUUGUCUCGCCCUCAGACUACGAGUCACGCUUAAAUAACAUUGUCGACCACUUCUAUGUUAUUGCCGUCGAUACCAUUGAGUUCCUCGAUGACUGCUACACAAUACCCCCUGAGGAGUCGUUUAAAGAUGCCUUGACUCGCAUUUUCGGCAAGGUGUACCAGGCCCAGUUCACCAGCAUAAGUGAAGCCCGCAAGCACCAGACGGCAACGACCAAGGAAGUGUUGCACAAAGUUGAUCAGAUUGUCGGCAGUAUGGCGGUCAAACCCAACGAAGUCGUAGAAUUUGUUGGCGAUCUCAACGACUUCAUCGACAAGGUAUACACUGAUGCCAUCAUGUUUGCGAUUGAAUCGCAAGUGCCCAUGGCCUACUUCGAUGACGGCACUCAUGCUUACCUGCUGAAAGAACUGAUGUUGAGUGAUUUCCAAAAGGUGAAACCUCACAUGAUCAAAGUGCCGUGGGGCAACGUCUCCACGAACGGAUCGGGUUUCCUCACGAUUUACGACGACCAGAACCGCGGUCUCAAAAUGCAAGCUGAGUGUAUUCUCACAGAUGUCAAAAGUAUAGACUCGUUCAAAUUACUGGACCGUCACCCGGCUUGGAUCCCCAAACGCUACCUCAUCAAGAGUGGUUAUGAUUUUGUCGAUCUUGGCAAAGAAGGGUCCAAAUCUGUUUUGACGUAUAACCACCAAACCUACCGCAACAAGGCGGGCGGCAUCAUUUGGGUGUUGAACAAUGACGAGGGCAAUGCCUGCUUGCCAAUGAAGUAUACGCCUAAAUUGAAAAAGAUGAUUAGAGUUUUCAGUCGCUUACAAAACAUUUCGUACGAAAACUUCUGUGAGCGGGGAGGCUUAAGCGAUGAUGACUUCAGCGACGAUGAAGACGCCAGCGACGAUGAAGACACCAGCGAUGAUGAAGACGCCAGCGACUCUGACUAA